UAAUUAACGUAAUCUAAGACGGCUCCUUGCAACGCCUCUGUCGGGGCUGGCUCGGCCCCUUUCAGCCAAGCGGAGAUGCAAAUGUAUAAAAAGCCCUUGGGCUCCGUCCAGUGAGGCUUCAGAGUUCCAGGAGACUUAAAGACACCUAUGUGUGGUCCCGGCUUGGACAUCACCACCGCCUUCACCAUGCAACCGCGAACUGUGUUUGCUCUCUACUUGAUGUCACUGGUUGCUUCUGUUUUUCCAGCACCAGUCCAUGAUGCAAUGGAUCAUGACACUACGAACAUCUACAAAGGUACAACCCUGCUGGUCAUUUUAAAUGGUGCUGAUCUGCCCACUGGUAGCGUUGCCCCUGGAAGCCACAUGGAUUCAGUGGAUACCUCUGCUGACAUCACAGAUGUGCCAGAAGCUCCUGUCACUAUGGGUAUCCAAACUCUGGACAUGAAAGUGGUGGAUGGACCUGAUAAGUCAUCAGCAGAAGAAGCAAAAGACACAGAUGAGGAAGACUCCGCUGAAAAGAAUCCCAAAGACUCUGACAAGAGCAGCCAGGAUAGUGACAGUGACAGCAAACAAGACAAGAGCAGCAAGGAAGACAGUGACAGUAGCAAUGACAGUGACAGCAAACAAGACAAGAGCAGCAAGGAAGACAAGGAGAGCGACAGUGACAGCAAACAAGACAGGAGCAGCAAAGAAGACAAGGACAGUGACAGUGAUAGUGACAGUGACAGCAAAGAUGAAAAAGACAGUAAAGAAGACAAGGACACUGACAGUGACAGUGACAGUGAAGGCGACAGCAAACAGGACAAAAGCAGUAAGGAAGACAAAGACAGUGACAAUGAAAGCGACAGUGACAGCAAACAAGAAAAAAGUAUUAAGGAAGACAAGGACAGUGACAGUGAUAGCAAACAGGACAAAAGCAGCGAGGACACUGACAGCAAGCAGGAGAAAAAAGUAGAUAAGGAUACUGACAGUGACAGUGAGAGUGACAGUGGCAGUGACAGCAAACAAGACAAAAGCAGUGAGGACAGUGACAGCCAACAGGACAAAAGGAACAAGGUAGACAAGGAGAGUGACAGUGAUAGCGAUAGUGACAGCAAACAUGACAAAGACAGUAAAGAAGACAAGGACAGUGACAGUGACAGUGGCAGUGACAGCAAACAGGAAAAAAGCAGCAAGGAAGACAAGGACAGUGACAGUGACAGUCAACAAGACAAAAGCAGCAAGGAGGAGAGUGACAGCAACAUCCAGCAGGACAAGAGCAGCAAAGAAGACAAGGACAGCGACAGUGAUAGUGACAGUGACAGCGAUAGUGAUAGUGAUAGCAAACAGGACAAAAGCAGCAAAGAAGACAAGGACAGCGACGGUGACAGUGACAGCGACAGCGAUAGUGACAGCAAACAGGACAAAAGCAGCAAGGAGGACAAGGCUGAUGACAGCAAGCCAGACACAGAGAGUGACAGUGAUGGUUCUGACAGCAAGGAUGCAGACAAAGACAGCAAAGAGGACAGUCCAGAUAAAAGCAGUCAGGAAUCCAGCAAUCUGAACAAACAUGAGCAUGACAAGAGCCAGGAUAUGGACAGCACCAGCAAACAGGACAACAGCAAGGAAAAGGAUUCUUCCUCUGACAGUACCAGCAGUAGUGAGAGCAAGUCCUCUGAUUCCGAUGAUGACGAUACCUCUGAGGUAACUACGGAUGACAGCGAUGUCAGCUCUGAUGUAUCCCACAAACCUGAUCAAUUUGGCCAGACCACACAGGGCACCAUGCAAGUGUCUCACGCUGGCCACACCAUCCCAGCACAAGUGUCCUAGCAACGUGGCCUAAUGCCACAGGAUGCUGGGGAUUCUGAUCCAUUUACAGGAGCAUGCCAAGGGUCGCAAAAAAAAAGCGCCAGAUCCUGAAGCAGUCGGAUUUCCUUGAUGUCGGAACCAGAGGAACACAAGCAAUCUGUUUUAUGUUCCUCAGCCUUUUCCUAUCAAAAUGUGGUGGAUGUGUCUCUCUAGGUCUAUGGGGAAAUAUUAAAUUAUUCUGCUGUUAAUGUACAUUACUUCUUUUUUUAUCUGCACUUUUAGGGAAGUUCUUAGCAUUUGACAACUAACCAGUUAUUGGAAAGUUCCUCCAUCUUCACCCCAGUCAUACUUUUCAUGUGCUCCUUCAGUUAAUUUCAGCAAACAAUAAUAAGGUAUUUGUUACAUGCAAGAAUAAAACAGUUCUCACGGUCUACAUGAACAGCAGUAGUCUUCCGGCAAAUCAUUCAAUUAGUUCUUCUAAUAUUUCCCUGAUAAAAUGCAGCUGUGUGAGCGGUAUUUUCUAUGGGCUUCAGGGUCCUGCUUUCUGUGUGUAGUACAGUGUUUCUUUAAAGCAUUACAUUAUCAGUCUUGGACAUAAGGUGGAGCUUUCGUCUUCUGACUUGUACCCUGCUGCUAUAAAGACAAAAUAUUGUCCUGCCGCUCUCAAGAAAUGUUAUUAAAUCAGUGUCUUUGUUAUGAACAGGCACAAGAUCACAUAAUCCAAGGGCAGUGGAAACACACAUAAGGUGAUUCCGUUUAUUUGUCAACGAAAACAGUUUUGUUAAAUAUCAAAAUGUUAUGUAUUUAUCACUGUCAAGUCCACUGAAAAAAAGAAAAUGUUAUCAUGAGGUUUAAAUAACAAACACUGUUUAAGAGACAAACAAUAAUGUCCUCUCUGAAAUGUAUGCUGAAGAAAUAAAUAAAUAAAGACUAGAUAUCAGACAAGUUCUGAUAAUCUGUUUUUGCAGGCA